UUGGUGUAGCCAGCCUUCCCAGAGCCCGCAGACAAAGGUCCUUCUUGCAUCUACCUUGUCCGCAAAAGAUGAGCGAAGAGGAACCGCCAGUAACGGUGGCAGCUGAUGGCGAAAAAGCAGCAGAUGAGGCCACCCCGACUAUAGAGCCAUCAGCAGCAAGUGAUGCAGCAACAACAUCUGCACAACAACAGCAGCAAGAUGUAGUAGAUGGAGAUCACGAAACAGGAACAGCAACGGCCGCCGAAGUAGUAGCAGCAACGAAGGGUGUGGAGUACAGUCAUCGACCCGAAGGAGUGACCGCUGCCGCCGCCGCCGCCGCCGUCGCUGAGAAAGAAGUAGCUGUAGAGAUAGCCCCUGCUUCAGAACCAGCAGCAAGUCGGAAGCGCAAGGCAGAGGAGGAGGUUCCGAAGGCCGCAGCCGCCCCACCGGCAGGGAAAUCAGCAACAGGAGCAGGAACUACCUCGUUGCUUGUUUCGGUUACGAUUGAGGACCUGGCGCCAGCCGUCAGAACAAGGCUCGAUGACGUGCUGCAAGAGGGGGAGGACGACGAGAUGCGCCAGGACGCCAGGCUCGUUAACUUCUUGGGGGAGGUCGACGAAGCUCAGGCCCUGGCGGCUCUUAACGAGUACCAUGCGGCGGUCUCCGAGACCAGCGUCAACAUCCGGAACAAGCCCGCGUACCUCAUGGGGAUCUUGCGCAAGUAUAAGCAGGGCCAGCGGGCGCCUCUGGGGAAUGGCACCGCCGGCGGGAUGGUGACGACGCCAAACGCCAUGGGACGCAUGGGGGCGGGGCCGGACGGGUUAUCACCGUCAAUAGCGAGCCGCUUGGAGAAGCUGUACGAGAGCGGUUUCAUCCAGAAGGCCGACGUCGAUCAGAGGUGCAUGGUCUUCUUCCGAGACCUAACGGAGAAGGAGGCGGAGGCAGCAAUGGACGAGUUUGGGCAGAGCGACAUCACGUCCAUCCGUAACAAGAGCGCCUUCCUCAUGUCCAUUCUCAGGCGGCAUCACCAGGCCAGCAGCACACCGGCGGGAGGAGCCGCGGCAGCGGCGGCAGCAGCAGCGGCUGCACCGGGGGGGAGGCCAGCAGCAGCGGCAGCCGCAGCAGCGGCCGCUGCAGCGGCGGCGGCGGGAAUGGGAAUGGGGAUGGGAAUGGGGAUGGGCAUGGGCAUGUAUGGGGCGCACCCCUUUGCGGGGGUGCCGUAUAUGAGUCCUUACGGGUACAUGGACCCAUCCAUGACCGGUUCCGUCCCUUUCGCGGAGUUCUACGGGGGAAUGUACGGCCACGCGCCAUCGAUGCCUCUAUUCAACGCGUACGGGCAGCCGAUGGCCACCUUUAUCCCGCCGCACAUUCCCAUGUACCAAGCCGGGACCACCGAGAUGCUGCCGGCGAGCAUUCAGCUCCGGCUAGACCAGCUGGCGGCGACGGGGUUUUGCCAUGCCGGAGAGAUUGACGACAGGUGCCGCAAGUUCUUGCGGGAGGUGCCCGAACACAUCGCGCUGCAGGCAAUAGAGGAGUUCAUGUCGACAGAGCGAAAAAACAUCCGGAAGGUCUCCGCGUACCUCAUGGGCGUGAUCCGAAAGCACGCCGACAACUACCGGGACUUCGUGGCCGUGGGGACGUCGGGGGGACCGCCUGCCGGGCUCCCUUCCCCGUACGAGGCGGGACUGAAGCGCUAUCGCGAGUACAACGACUUCUGGGCGAAGCAGCAGCAGCCUAGGCCGCAGGGGUGCUCGGCCCUGAUGGAGCGCAUAGCAGGGGCCCCGGCGAAGGUGCAGGCAGGCAUCACCGACCUCAUCGAGAAGGGCAUAGCGAUGGAGUGGGACAUCGACGUCCGCGUAACAAACGCGUUCUUGGGGCUUACGGAAGAGCAAGGCGUCGAGGCCAUCGAGGAGUUCGCCUCGUGCGACAUGACCCGCAUUCGGAACAAAAGCGCUUACCUGAUGGGCCUGCUGAAGCGGUACAAGUCUGGCGCACCCCCGCCUCCUGGACUUGCCCAGCGCUGAUCUGAGCCGGAUGAGAGUUAGUGAAUAUGCUUCUCUCGGUCCCGCUCGGUCGGUCAGACGGCGGUUGGUUUCCUCUCGUCGCAGCCCGGAGUUUCUUCCAAGAGUGAUUCCGAAGAGAACGCGCCGUGACGCAACGUGAUAAGCUGCGCCGCGCGGCUGCUGCACACGUCCUUGUCAAGCUAGGCUGCCCCCCGGGCAGCUGAGAGUGGGCAGGCCUGUGCAUCACACCCCCCGCUCGCGGUGGGCGUUGUGAUGCCAUCGAAUCGAUGUGCUGUGUUCCCAUCGUGUUCCGUUUGGUGCCUUUCCUGACCAUCGGCUGGCUACAGUUGGAGUCGGUCGAAUCUGCAAGGCAUCGUCGGAGGAAGCUCGAGCCAGAGAGAGGUACAUAGCCAAGUUUUUAGCGUUUCGCCGUCGGUGUUAUAUGUGCUCGCUCCGGUACACUCGACAACACCGUUUCCCGAGAUAAAUAGCAUACGUAGAAUCGGGGAUUUCCUAGACUUUAUGUUGCCAUGUGCGUGUUUUCCCGAUAAAACUGUAUUCCAUAUUUACUUGGGACCAAGAUUUCAACGGAAAUGUAUACCCCUUGAUUCGGAGUACAGUUUUUCGGAAAUGGUUCCCUCUGAUCGAACCUUCCCGGGAAAAUAGCUUCGGGUUUUGGGUCGACACCUACUUUUUCUUUCCGGUUUUUGUUUUCUUUUUCUUUCCUUUACUCCUGUGUGUUUUUCAACUUCAACCCCCUAUAAGUACUUCGAAGUAUCAUUUUUUCUUCUUAUCGUCGCUGGCGAAUCGCACGGUUUUUUGUAUUUGGUGCGGCUCCUUUUUAUAUUCCCUUCUGCGGUUGUUUGGGGACGUGCCGCAGGGGCUACGGAUCAUUCUAAUCAGUGCCACUCACGUAUUUUAGAGGUUAGGUAUAUACGGAACGCCAUGUUCUGAAGAUUUAUCGGCUGUGUGUGUGUCGCUGAGGAGACUGUUUUUCGUGCUGUUUUGGUGUGGGAUAGCAACAACGACUGGGUGGUACCUCGCUGGUGGGACAUCGACACCGCACACUGGCCUAUACCUAUCUGCCUCCUUGGGUCUCCAAGCUCUUCUUGUUUUUGUGCCGGCCGCGCUCCGUCAACGGCCGGUCGCCAAGAUUUGGAUCGUUCUCGUUUUUGUUUUUGCUCUUCUCGCGCCUCACCAUCUCUGUGUCGUACGCAUUUGCGGGUGAAGGUUAAUUUUUUUGUGGGCUGCUGUGCUGUGUUUGAGUGUAGGCGACGGAAAGACCUUUUCAGCGGCGUCCAAGCCAACUGGUACUCCGGGCCAGAUACGUGAUUAGAAACGGGUGCGUGGAUUCGGUAGAGUGGUUGUCUGAGAAGCUUUUUUUUUUACAUUUUUCAUGUUUUGUGUUGUGGUACCGAACUUUUGUCAAAAACUAAGUGCUGCUGUGACUUUCGCCGAGUAAAGAUGUUGUGUGACGUUGGCUUGGGAGCCGACGUGUCUUUCUUCAGAUCUGUUCUUGGACAUUUUUCUUUCAUGUUUUGCUGCAACAACGGGUGCCCUGUUGUUGGAAGGGGCUAGCCGAGAGAGGCGGCAAGAGCUUUCUGAUGUGGAGGGGGGCAUUGGCUUGUCCGUGUGCGCCGUCCGGUGCGCCGGUCGGUGUGUUUUGCUGUUUUUUGGGGAAAGAAUCGCACUGGGACGAAGUUCUUGUGCAUCACUCUCACUGUGUCGUGCCUGGGCUCUUUACUCAUACACACGUGUUCCGUGAUCGCCACCAUCGAGUGUAGUAGUCUCGCUGAUACGUUGUGUCGCCUUUUGACGCGAGGCUCGGUGGCCAAGAAACGCCAAUCCGAUCAACAUGUGCGUCGAUGCCCGCGUGCCCGCGUGGCGCCUCUGCCGUGUUUUGUCUACGGGAUAGAGGAGGGUUGUUUGUUGUUCUGCUACAUAGAAGUGCGAAUCUCGUGCUAGGGGGCCCGUCGUUGACCUUGUCCAUGGAGGGGGGGGGGUGGAACCGUUUCGUAUGGGUGGCGUCUUUAUAUAUUUACAACAUGCGCUCCCGUCUUUUUGGUGGUUUUCUGGGUUUGGUUGGUGUUGCUGGUAUCGCGUGGCUAGGCCGGAUGGACAUCCUAAUAUAUGUUGGCUUUUUCCUCGUACCGUACUAGGGGCAAUUCUUCACUGGAACGUGUUGUAACGUUGAAGCAGAGAAAUUCAAGCGCCGCUCCCCUUGCUGGGAAAGACGAUGUUGCCUUCAGUAACAGAUAUCCUCACGAUGUU